AUGCAUAAAAUGCGAAACGAAUUCGGCAACAGCGGCGGUGUUGCCAGCGGGGUCGCUUACGUAGUAACACCUACGUUGGCUCCCACCGCUGUCAAAAUGCAGCAGGAAAAUAGGAGAACAUCGCUGAGAAGGGAGUUCACACCAACCAAUGUAGCUGAAUUAUCUAAACAGGAAUCGCUUGGAGAACGAGCAUCAUCGAAACUCACCCUAGAUGACGAGCUUUACGAUAUUCUAUAUGCAUUUGGCGAAACUGAUACGUUUCUCAACAAGAGCGGUGAAAAACAAAGGGAAACUGAUGAAGAUGGAAAUCCGCUCACUCGACAGGCGCUUCUUGAACGAAUUCGACAAAAAAAGGAGGUUAUUGGAAAGCUACGAUGUCAGCCAUGGAGUAUGUCCAGAAAAAAGCGAACAUUGAAACUUGCUCAAAAAUAUCUGGAGCAGCAUGAGUCGAAAGUGUCGCGAAGUCAUUUAUAUAUUGAGGAAUUGCGAAAACGGGGUAGAUUGAUGAAAAGGAGUUUUUCAAAUUUCAAAACAUAUUUGAUACCAUGGGAAUCGAAAAUCAAACGGAUAGAAAGUCAUUUUGGAUCAGUUGUUUCAUCAUAUUUUACAUUUCUCCGCUGGAUUGUAUUCGUCAACGUGGUUAUCACCCUAAUCGCCGUAGCAUUUGUCGUUCUCCCAGAAACGCUUGCCGACUCAGUGGCUGAUGAGGGCCGGUAUAAUAGAACGAAAAGCAGAAAGCAGAUACCAUUGAACGAGAAAAUACACGCCGAUGAGCUGGCUGUUGUUUGGCAUUAUGACGGAUACCUUCGAUACUCACCUCUAUUUUAUGGUUAUUAUUCCGAUGAUCCAUUCCUAGGCAAAAAGAGUAAUUAUGCCUUGCCGUUAGCAUAUUUUAUGGUCACAUUAACUAUAUUCGCAUAUAGUUUUUUUGCAAUUCUUCGAAAAAUGGCUGCAAAUGCGAGAAUGUCGAAAUUAUCUGGAAGCAAAGCUGAGCAGUACAUUUUCAACUGGAAAUUGUUCACUGGAUGGGAUUAUACGAUUGGAAACUCUGAAACUGCUAGUAAUACUGUGAUGGCGGUUGUCAUCAAAUUGAGGGAAUCAAUUGCGGAUUGCAAGACCGGAGCGCAUAGCAAAUUUCGACUACUACAAUUUAUGUUAAGAGUAUUUGCAAAUAUUGUCAUAUGCGCUAUGCUUGGAUUUUCAAUAUACUGCAUUAUCUUUGCGGUUCAGAAGUCUCAAGUUCACGACGACGGAAAUUUGUUCACAAAAAAUCAGGUUCCUUCUGUUGUCUCCACCAUCACCCACGUUUUCCCAAUGAUAUUCGAUCUAAUUGGAAGAAUGGAGAACUAUCAUCCGAGGACUGCAUUAAGAGCCCAUUUGGGACGCGUAUUAAUUCUGUAUACUGUCAAUUACAUCACCCUGAUUUUCGCGUUGUUCGAAAAAAUGACUGCACUCCGAGAAAGGGUUAAUGGAACAUCGACGACGCAUCAUCGAAUGAAACGGCAGCAAGGAGGAUUUAAUCCGAACAUCAAGCGCCCACCACCAUAUGCUAGUCGUGCUGAGACGAGAAAAAUGGAGAAAUUUUUAGCAGCCAAUACGCGACGAUUUCAGAGUAUCAGUCAACGAACCACUCGAGCCUUAACAACACCAUAUACGGUGGCCCCACAAUAUGGUCCUUUUAAUGUUAAUAAUCCGAAUGCAUACCUUCACAAUGGUACUCAUACAACUGCUUUUGAAUCUCAAAGACUCGGGCCAAAAAUGUUGCCAAUUUUCACACCGCCGCCAAGGACUUACCCUCCUCAUGUUCCGGGAAAAGUCGGACAGCAAUAUGGAGGCCCAGACUUUACAAAACAUCGCGUCUUCACCAAAUCAACACCAUUGCCCAGAGUGCGCACGAAACCACCUUGGCGACUUAUUACGACAACGUCCACACCUUCAGGAUUAAUCGAGCUUGAUCCAGCCGAAGACCCAAAUGAAGAUGACGAAAGUGAUUCAAACGAUACGUCAGUGAAAAUGGGUGAAACUGCACUGAGAAGAAGUGAAGGAGGCGAUGGGUACAAUACUGAUAUUUGUUGGGAGACAAUUAUUGGCCAGGAAAUUGUGAAACUUGUCACAAUGGACCUCAUUUUCACUAUUCUCUCCAUUCUUGUUAUUGAUUUUCUGCGCGGCCUUUGGAUCAAAUAUUGCUCUUCAUGGUGGUGUUGGGAUAUUGAGACCACUUUUCCAGAGUAUGGGGAGUUUAAAGUUGCGGAAAAUGUGCUCCACAUUAUUAACAACCAAGGAAUGAUUUGGCUUGGAUUGUUCUUUGCCCCGCUGCUUCCAGCAAUCAAUAAUCUCAAAUUGAUAAUUUUGAUGUAUAUCAGGGGUUGGGCGGUCAUGACCUGCAACGUUCCAGCAAGAGAAAUUUUCAGAGCCAGCAGAUCGAGCAAUUUUUAUCUUGGAAUCCUUCUUAUUUGGCUGCUCCUUUGUACCCUUCCAGUUGGGUUUGUCAUCGCUUCAAUGAGCCCAUCAAGAGCUUGUGGACCAUUUGCAAAAUAUGAUAAUUUCUACACCGUUAUUAAGAAAGAACUCGAAAAACGGGUAGAUCAAACAGUUCUCAGCUACAUCAAACAUGUUGCAUCCCCAGGAGUUGUUGUUCCAAUUAUCCUAUUUUUAAUGCUUAUUAUUUAUUUCUUAUUUUCGUUGGUUCGAGGUCUCCGAGAAGCAAACACUGAUCUUCAAGCUCAACUUGUACACGAACGAACUGAGGAAAAAAAGAAGAUAUUUGAGCUCGCCGGAGGUAAGAAAAACCAAAUGGAUAAGGAUAGAAACAAGAAAAGCCCAAUCGAUUAUAUUCCACUUAUUGAGCAGCAGAGAAGGGAGCCAUGGAGGCAGUAUCAUGAAAUUGAAAAUGACAAUGUGCUGGCAUCCGAUUCUUCUGAGGAAAGUGAUAUCGAUGAAGAAGAUGAGCAGAAGACUCAAGUCAUUGCGAGACCAUUGCAAUAUCAAGACAAUACUCCCGAAACUUUGCAAGUCACUGCAUUCCAUCCAAGCUUGGGAUCGCUAAUUGAUAAUCGUGAGCUUGAGGAUGAAGAGACCGAAGCACCAACGAUCCACAAAUCCAUUUCCUAUCAAGGAGCUCCGACGGCAGCGAUGAACUUUGAUUCAUCUGCGGACAAUAGCAGUCAACUUUCGCGCAGUGUUGUUCAGAUAGCCACACCUGAAGAAAUUCGUGCAUUACUGCGGCCAUAUUUGGAAGCUAAAUAUGGUGUUCCCUGUCAACCCGGUGUACGAUCGUUCCCAAUCGAUAUUCAUACACCUCCGAAUCAGACGCCGUCGAGAUGUUCAUCAAAAUACAACUCAUAUGUGUCGUUGUAUGAAUCCGGAAGAGAGGAUUCCUAUCCGAAAAGCUUCACGUCGCUCCGUCAAAAUGAUAAUUUUGAUGAUGCUCCAACGGGCACGACAACAGCAAAACCAAAAUUGGCAAAUAUUCCUGAAAAGGAUAUCACAAAGUUGCCAUCAAAUUCGGCGAAAUUUGUUGCUACUGAUAUAGCGCCACAAUUUAUGCCAUGGCCAUCGUUUGAAGAGACUAAAGCGAUGCGAGACAAACUGAAAUCAAAAACUCCUUUGAUGUUGGCGAAGACCACAGUUUCGGAAAUUUCGAAAGAAGAAAAAGUGCCUGGAAGUACUGAAACAAGAUUCGAAUAUCGACCAGCGGUGCCAGUACAUAGGAAAUUCCAAAACGCUGAAAUGGAGAAGAGCGAAGAGAGCGAUGCACAGAGUGACUCAUCAAAGAAGAGAUUCCGAAUAUCUGUGUCACCAACUAAAACCGUCAAACCCACUGAAAUCAAUGAGGCAAAACGAAAAAUAAUAACUCAAGCUUCAUCGAGCAGCUCCUUACCACAAAGCCGACAAAGUGACAUUAAUAAGAACCCAGUAACUUCACCUCGAGCGCCGAGUGUUCAAUUCGAUGAGGAUGAUAGUCCAAGAAUGAUGGAAUAG